AUGGUAUCACAUACUCAGAACCUCGAGUGCAGAAUGUACGAAGCCAAAUAUCCAGAAGUGGACAUGGCGGUUAUGAUUCAAGUGAAAAAUAUCGCCGAUAUGGGAGCGUACGUCUCCUUGCUCGAGUACAAUAAUAUUGAGGGCAUGAUACUGUUCUCGGAGCUCUCCCGUCGUCGGAUUCGUAGUGUGAGUAGUCUUAUCAAGGUGGGUCGGAUUGAACCGGUCAUGGUGCUCCGAGUGGACAAGGAGAAGGGCUACAUCGACCUCAGCAAGAGGCGGGUUUCUGAGGAGGAUAUCCAGGCCUGCGAAGAGAGAUACAACAAGAGCAAGCUCGUCCACUCGAUUAUGGGCCACGUCGCCGAGACUAUGGGCGUAGAUUUGGAGGAUCUGUAUAUCCAUGUUGGCUGGCCUUUGUACCGGAAAUAUGGUCAUGCUUUUGAGGCAUUCAAAAUAAUAGUGACUGAUCCUGAUUCUGUUCUGACUUCUCUCACCCGGGAAGUCAAAGAAAUUGGCCCUGAUGGACAGGAGAUUACUAAGGUGGUUCCUGCUAUGUCAGAGGAAGUGAAAGAAGCUCUGAAAAAGAAUAUUAGGAGAAGAAUGACCCCACAACCUUUGAAGAUUCGAGCUGACAUUGAAAUGAAAUGCUUCCAGUUUGACGGCAUUCUUUACAUAAAGGAUGCCAUGCAAAAAGCUGAGGCUGCUGGCAAUGAUGACUGUCCUGUAAAAAUUAAAUUGGUUGCUCCUCCACUUUAUGUUCUUACCACUCAGACUCUUGACAAGGAGCAAGGAAUAGCAGUUCUCAACAGAGCCAUUACAGCUUGCACUGAAGCAAUAGAAAAGCAGAAGGGGAAACUCGUAGUGAAGGAAGCGCCCAGAGCUGUGAGUGAAAGAGAUGAUAAACUACUUGCUGAGCACAUGGCCAAGCUACGGCAGGAUAAUGAAGAGAUUAGUGGCGAUGAGGAUAGCGAGGAAGAGGAAGACACGGGAAUGGGAGAAGUUGAUGUGAACGGAGGUUCUGGCAUAACAGACUGA